CGGGAGGAAACUACCGGAAGCGCCGGCCGGGAGAGGUGGAGUCUGAGUGGCGGCGGCCGGGGCGGCGGCGGCGGUUGCCAGGAGCCCGCGUUGCCGCCUGAGACCCGUAAUAUGGCGGGGAGAAGGAGGAGAAGGCGGCGGCGGAUCGAGCUGCUCCCUGUCGGUACCAAUUGAGCCUCUUGCUUCCUGACAGGGUCCGUGGCGAGGGGAGAAAACCUGACGGGACCGUGGGGAAUCAGUAUAAUUGUGAGAAGAUGGAGGAGUAUGAGAAGUUCUGUGAAAAAAGUCUUGCCAGAAUACAAGAAGCGUCACUAUCCACAGAGAGCUUUCUACCUUCCCAGUCUGAAAGUAUUUCACUUAUUCGCUUCCAUGGAGUGGCUGUGCUUUCUCCACUGCUUAACAUUGAGAAAAGAAAAGAAAUGCAACAGGAAAAGCAGAAAGCACUUGAUAUAGAAGCAAGAAAGCCGGUUAAUAGGAAGAAAUCUUUACUGACUCGUGUGCAGGAGAUUCUUGAAAAUGUUCAGGUUAGAAAAGCACCUAAUGCCAGUGAUUUUGAUCAGUGGGAGACUGAAACUGUUUACUCUAAUUCAGAAGUCAGAAACUUGAAUGUUCCUGCUACAUUUCCAAAUUGCUUUCAAAGCCCUACUGAACAUUCUAAUUUAGCAAAGCUUGAAAAGAUAGCUGGAAUUUUGCCAUUGGAGAAUGAAGACCAAUGUAAAACUAAUGAGAUAGACUUAGCCAGAGAUUCAGAAGGAUUUAAUUCUUUGAAGCAAUGUGAUAGUUCAAAUAUUAGUCAUGCAGAAAAUGAAGUUUUUCCCAAGAUCUCUUCAGCAACCCCACAAGAGACUCUUAUUUCUGAUGGUUUCUUCUCAAUAAAUGAAGAACAGGAUCCAUCACUUUUGGCAGAAGUCACCCCAGAUCCCUAUGUAAUGAGUCUUCAGAAUCUAAUGAAAAAGUCGAAAGAAUAUAUAGAAAGAGAACAAUCUAGACGCAGUCUGAGAAGUAGUGCAAAGAAGAGUGUUAAUGAGAGUCAUUCAGACAAAGAAAAUGAGGCUGUUAAAGUGACUGAGUGUAUAAAGGAGAAGGCCCAGAUGAUAGGCAAACACUGUGUUUCAACUAUUCCUGACAAACCAAGCCUUAAUAAAUCAAAUGUUCUUCUCCAAGGUGCUUCAAGUCAAGCAAGCAGCAUGAAUAUGCCUGUUUUAGCUAGCUUUUCUAAAGCAGAUAUGGCUAUACAAGCUGGCCAUCCCACUGUUCAAGAUUCUGAUUCUGAUUUUAAAGUUGUUCCUACUUUUGUUACUGAAAAUAAUGCUAUCAAAAGUCUUACAAAUUCAUAUGCCAAAUUACCUAGUCCAGAGCCAAGUAUGAGUCCAAAAAUGCAUCGAAGGCGUUCCAGGCCAUCAUCAGAAUGUCAUAUACUUAUAAAUAACCCAAUAAAUGCCUGUGAAUUAAGCCCUAAAGGAAAAGAACAGGCGGUGGACUUAAUUGUCCAAGAUACUGAUGAAAGAAUAAAUGUACCUGAAACUGUGCCAAAGUUACCAAUUAAUUUAGCAGGAGUUUCCUCAAGUAAGGUUUAUAUCAGCAAAAAUACAUCCGAAGUCAUUGAGGAUGUAGUUUUAGGUAAAUCAACAGGACAUCAAUUAGAAAAUAAAGUUAUUCAUGGACUUGCCACUGUGGAAGGUCAGUUAACAUCUGAUGAGAGAGGAGCACACAAAAUGAACAGUACUUGUACUGCAGUGCCAAAAUUGCCUGAACCAUAUGCUUCCACUCAAAACUUUGGAACUGUGGGUGGACUCAAUUCAGCCAGCAUGUCAGAGAAAAACUCCUGCAAUUUACAAAUGGAAUUGAAUAAAUCUUAUGAUGUAAAAAACCCAUCUCCUUUACUGAUGCAAAGCCAGAAUACCAGACAGCAGAUGGAUACACCUACAGUGUCCUGUGGAAAUGAACAAUUUUUGGAUAACAGUUUUGACAAACUUAAACGGAGACUUGAUUUAGAUAUCGAUAGUUUGCAAAAAGAAAACUGCCCUUACGUCAUAACUGGAAUAGCUGAACAAGAAAGGCAACAUUUGUCAGAAAAAAGAUACUCUAAGGGAUCUAUCUUUAUUAAUAAGAAUAAAAUGUUAGAUACUAACUCCAAAGAAAGCGAGGAGAUACUAAAAAACAAGAUGUUAGCUUUUGAAGAAAUGCGAAAGAGACUAGAAGAACAACAUGCCCAGCAGUUAUCACUACUCAUAGCUGAGCAGGAAAGGGAACAGGAAAGACUGCAGAAGGAAAUAGAAGAGCAAGAGAAAAUGUUAAAAGAGAAGAAGCCAAUCCCAGCAGAAGCCUCUGAAUUGGACAUUGACAAUAUGGUAGAGUUAGAAUGGAGAAAAAUAAGUGAUUCUGGUUUGCUAGAAACAAUGCUGUCUCAAGUGGAUUCACUCCAUACUUCAAAUUCAAAUAGUUCUGGUUUCACAAAUUCUGCUCUACAACAUAGUUUUGGUUCUUCAAAUGAAGCACCAUUCUACCUCUGGGGGUCAUCACCUAGUAGCUUGACCAAACUCUCAGUAACAAGGCCUUUUGGAAGGGCCAAAACUAGAUUGUCUCAGGUUUUUAGUACAGAAGUACAAGCAAAAUUUAAUAAAAUAACUGCAGUGGCAAAAGGAUUUCUUACUCGUAGGCUUAUGCAGACAGAUAAGCUGAAGCAACUUCGACAGACUGUGAAAGAUACUAUGGAAUUCAUGAGAAGUUUUCAGUCAGAAGCACCAUUAAAGAGAGGCAUUGUUUCAGCACAGGAUGCUUCACUUCAGGAAAGAGUGUUAGCUCAGUUGCGUGCUGCCCUGUAUGGCAUUCAUGACAUAUUCUUUGUAAUGGAUGCAGCUGAAAGAAUGUCUAUUCUACAUCAUGAUCGAGAAGCUCGAAAAGAGAAAAUGCUCAGGCAAAUGGAUAAAAUGAAAAGUCCCCGAGUGGCUCUUUCAGCGGCAACACAGAAGUCUCUUGAUAGGAAGAAGUACAUGAAAGCUGCUGAAAUGGGAAUGCCAAAUAAGAAAUUUCUGGUUAAACAAAAUCCUUCUGAAACAAGAGUCCUUCAGCCAAACCAAGGACAGAAUGCACCUGUUCAUAGGCUACUUAGUAGACAAGGAACCCCUAAGACAUCAGUGAAGGGGGUUGUGCAAAAUAGACAGAAGUCUUCACAGAGCAGAGUGCCUAACAGAGCGCCUGUUUCAGGAGUAUAUGCAGGAAAAAUCCAAAGAAAGCGGCCAAAUGUUGCGACAAUUUAAGAAGACAGCAUUCAUUAGGAUAAAAAGGGAGAGGAGGAUUAUUCUUAUAUUCCCUACCCAAGAGUUUUUAUUUAACCCUCAACUCUGUUUACACCACUGACAUCAAAAGGCUGAGCAAUUAUGUGGAGAAUGUGGUCAGUCUGGCUAAUUCCCGCCACAUGCCUCCAUUUUCCUCUCAAUAAUAGGUUUGGGUAAGACAAAUUAGUGUUUAAGAAUUGCCUCAUCUCUGUGCUUAACCUACACAAUUACCAGUUUGUUUUAUGCACCCAGAUAUCUACAGAGAUCCUUUUGGUAAACUUAACAGACAUUUGGAUUUAUUUUUAGAAAAUAUUGAAAAGAUGACAAAUUAUAAGUUCUAAAAUUUAAUUCAUCUCUAUGUACUUAUUGCUGAAUUUGAUAAACAAAUUAGAUACUAUUUUAUGCACGGGGAAAUUAUUACAGAAGAUUGUUUUUCCUUGGCUUUAAACUUUAAAUGCUCAGAUUAGUCUCUCAAUAUCCAUAGUCUUUGAUUUACCAUAUAGCUGACUGGUCCACCUAAAAUUAAUCAUGGAAGUAGCUUUGAGUCACAUCCUAUCAACAAGUUGUCUUACACAUGUAUGUUACCCCAGUACUUACUGUCAGAAAUAUUUGUACUAGCUUAUAAGAUCUUUUUGUGAAGGGUAACCAGUUUUGAGAAGAUAGCACAAUCUUCUUGAAUGUAGCACUUAGGAAUGCAUUAUUACAUACAUCUCUGUAAAAUAAGAAUUACAUGUGUUGCAUGCAGUUACAUUUUCUAGUUAGCCUGUGUAUUUUGUUUCUUCAUAGUCUGCUUUUUCUAGCAUGUUUGAUUUAGAAGAGAAAAAAGGGCUAUAUAAUUAUAAUGGUAAAUCCAGAUUUCAUAUGAGAUAAUAAUAUUGCCUAGUUAAAAUUUUGCAUCUUACCUGGUUGAUCCAGCUAGUAGGAAAAAAAAACCCAAAAAACUCUGCAUUGCUUAAAGGCACGAAUGUUUAAGGUUUUUCAUCACUAACAUAUUCAUUAAAAGUAUCAACUGAUAAAUGUUAACAAGAGAACAUGAUUUUAUGAAAGAAAUGUCACUGUUAAUUUAUCAUUUUUAAAAAGGGCUUUGUGCUUCUCACAUAAAAUUGAGACUGUGUAUACUUAAUCUUUCUAACUUCAGUUUUAAAGAGAUAUUGGUAUUUUGAAAAUGCAGCAUAUAUAUUCUUAAUGCCCUUUUAAGAAUAUGGGAUAAAGAUAGUUUUUUCUGAUUUUUUGUUCUGUUUACAUCUAGCCAUAGA